AUGGAGAAGAUCACAGACAAGAUCGCGGCUUUGCCGCCCAACGCAAAUUAUUUCUCUCUUGAGUUCUUUCCCCCCAAGACUCAGAUGGGAUUUGCCAAUUUGCAAGCGCGAUUAGAACGUAUGGCGCAGGCUUUGCGCCCGCUUUUCGUCACGGUCACCUGGGGAGCUGGGGGGAGCACAGCGGCAAGAUCGUUGGAGCUGGCGGAGAUCUGUCAGCGCCAACUACAACUGACGACAUGCUUGCAUUUAACAUGUACGAAUAUGAGUCGGGCCCUGGUGGAUCAAGCUCUUGAGGAAGCAAAAGUGCUGGGGAUUAGGAAUAUUCUCGCGCUGCGUGGUGAUCCCCCGCGAAGUGAGGAGUACAAUAUGCACGGAGAGGACGACAGCAACAAGGACUUCACUUUUGCCGUGGAUCUGGUCCGGUAUAUCCGGCAGAAGUACGGCGACUAUUUCUGUGUUGGUGUUGCGGGAUACCCAGAAGGCCAUCCUGCCGAUUCCUUCCAAGAUGUUCAGGAUCCGAAGGUCGAUUUGCCGUGGUUGGUUGAGAAGACACAGGCGGGCGCGGACUUUAUCAUGACUCAGUUGACUUACGACAUUGACGCUUACACGAAUUUCGAAAACUUGCUGCGGAAUCAUGAAUCCGGUGCUUUCAAGACUAUCCCUAUCGUCCCCGGUCUGAUGCCCAUUCACAGUUACAAGAUUCUAACAAGAGUGACGAAGCUCAGUCAUGUUAAGAUCCCGCCGCGUAUUCUUGAGAAGCUGGAAGAGGUUAAGCAUGAUGACGAUGCGGUCAAACGCCUAGGUGUCGAUUUACUCGCCGAACUUGUUGAAGGCAUGAGGAAACUACCGACUCCUGGUUCCCGGGGAUUCCACUUCUAUACCCUGAACCUGGAGAAGACUGUAUCUUUCAUUCUUGAACGCUGCAAUCUCAUUCCAGAUUACACAGAUGACGAUGCAUUGGCUAUCAGUGAGGAAGUUUCAUUACUCACGGCUGAUGCAGCCAAAGCUGCUUCAUCAACCAGGCGAAGGAGAGCUUCUUCCCUCAGCUCCCUUCCCCAUAACCGUGUGAUUGUCGAUAAGAUUUCGGAACCGUCCUCAAAGGAAUCAGUAACACACGAGGCCACUGCUGCUAGUGCAGGUAUGCCUGCGCAACCCCCGGAUCGCAAUACAACCCUCCAAAUCUCCGAGGGUCUGGGCGCUCUGGGCCGAGAAGCCACUUGGGAUGACUUCCCCAACGGUCGAUGGGGUGAUGCCCGUUCUCCCGCCUUCGGUGAAAUUGACGGUUACGGUCCUUCUCUACAUGUUUCCCCCUCUGUCGCUCAUAGAAUCUGGGGUUACCCCGUUUCCGCAGAGGACAUCAGCAAACUCUUCCGCCGCCACGUAUCCGGAGAUCUACACAUGGUCCCAUGGUCCGAAGGUGGCGCCGAAGAAAACACCAGCGGUCUCAACGCCGAGACGGAAACAAUUCGCGCCGAACUGCUCGCCCUCAUUGACAACAAGGGCUGGUGGACGCUCGCUUCCCAGCCCGCCGUCAACGGCGUCCGCAGCGAUAACCCCGUCUUCGGAUGGGGUCCUCCAGGCGAAGGCUUCGUCUUCCAGAAGCCCUUUGUCGAGUUCUUCUGCCCAACCUCAGAUUUCACAAACACCCUUAAACCCCUCCUCCAAAAGCACGGUCAUGAGAAGCUCACCUGGUUCGCCACAAAUGCCAACGGCGACUUCGAGUCCUCACUCCCCGCCCAAACAUCAGACACAGAGCCCAUCGAAAUGAAUCCGAACAAUGUCAACGCUGUCACAUGGGGUGUGUUCCGCGGAAAGGAAAUCAUCACACCAACUAUCAUCGAAGAAGUCAGUUUUAGGGCUUGGGGCGAUGAAGCCUUCGGAAUCUGGGAUGAGUGGCGCCGGAUCUACCCCAGGAGCUCGCCUACCGAGCGCUUCCUUGAGAAAACGAAGAACGAUGCCUGGCUUGUUUGUGUUGUUGGACAAGACUUUGGCGCGGGCACAGAGAUCGGCUCCAAGGAGGAAGAUGAUGAGAGAAAGUGGAUGUGGAAAGCUCUGGCGAACUGUUAG